AUGCAUACCUGGAGGUUUUGGUUCAAUCCCCAGUCAGUGCACUUUUUACCUCCAAUAAAGGACUUCACCAUCGAGCAGCUGGACGAAGAACUCGCUCCCAUGUCUCUCAUUUGCUCCCUCCCUGCUGAGUACAACAACUUCGUCUCCUCCUUGCUCCUGCUCGACUCUCUCAGCCUCUCGAAGCUCCAGAGCGCGUUCCAGAACGACGAGACCCAGCGUACGACCCGAGGCUUCUCCUCUACCCACUCUCUCGCUCUCAAGGCCUCUGGCAGUCCCUCCUUCGCUCCUGACGUCCGCUGCUCGUUCUGCGACGCUGUGGGCCACUCUGAGGCCUCUUGCUUCGCCAAGGAGAAGGCUACUAAGGCUGCGAAGGCCAAGACUGCUGAGCGUUGCCAGGAGCGGUCUGAUCGUCGCAAGGGAGGUGCUAGGAGGCCCCAGAACGCGCAGGAGGCGUCCGAGACGCCUGGGGAGUCUGCUAACGCAGUGGAGUACGCUGGCAAAGCAAGUGUCGCUCUCUCUGCUUCUGAGCGCGUUUCUUGGCUCUAG